AUGUACUGCAACAUACAGGUUGAUCUCAUGGGGCAGAAUUUAUACGAAUAUAGUCACCCUUGUGAUCAUGAGGAGUUCAAAGAAAUCCUUUCUGCCCUAUUUUCGAAAGGUCAGUGUGAAACCAGCAGAUACAGAUUUUUGGCGAAAACCGGCGGUUACGUGUGGGUAUUAACCCAAGCCACCCUGAUUCAUGAUAAACUGCAGAAACCUCAGAGCGUCGUGUGCGUCAACUACGUGAUAAGUGGUAUCGAAUGCGAAGACGAAAUCUACUCGUCGACACAGUUGUUGUCGUCGUCGUCGGUAAAAUCGCCUCCGUCUCCUCCAAAGAAGAACGAAUUGUGUCCGAAAGUUUUCAAAGAAGAGCCCUUGCCGGAACUCAUUCUUCCGCCUCAGCCACCUAUAAAGGCAACCCCCAAGGUGCACAGACCUCAGACGGUCACCGCGAAAUUGUUCGGUGAACCGGUCAAUCAAUCACAAUCGCCUCAACAUCAUCCUCCUCUUGUACGCCCGCAAACUGCAACGUUCAAAAUCUUCGCACCUCGUACCGAAGACAUGAGCAAGGGCUUUUUGACUUUCUCAGAGGAAGAACCAGGAUUGACAUUAUUAAAGGAUGAACCAGACGAUUUGACGCAUUUGGCCCCCGUGGCGGGCGAUGUGUGCAUUUCAUUGGAAGAACAUCCGUAUUUGACGGACGUCCUAGACGAAUUUUUCUUAAAAGACAAUUUUGCACCCCUUUUAAACGAUGAACCGUCUGAUCCCUUCAUAUCUUAUCGGGAUUCGUGCGAUCCAUCCCCGCAGUUAUUGUCACCAAACACGGCUUCCAAGAGUUCGGAUUCGAGCAUGUCAUCGUUAAGUAGUCCUGCUGGAGAACCUUUGAGCGAGGAAGAUCGUAUGUCAUCGUUCAUGUCUCUCCAGCUUGAGGACGAUGAUCCUGACUUGCUCAUGAAAGCCCCUUAUAUCCCUAUGGAUAUGGGAGACGAUCUGCCUCUGCUCAUUCCAGAUGAUCUGGUCUGGAAUAGCAGUGCAGAGAAAAAAUGCACCAAAGAAAUGGAAAAGGCUGCCCCCGACGUAAACUCCAGCCUGGCACAACUUCUGUGUUCCAGCACAAAUAAGCACGGGCCAAAAUCGAUCGAUAAAGGCGGGGGCAACAGCAUGCAAAUCGAUUACGAAAGUUUUCCGGAAGAUAAGAAAUGCAACUGGACUUCUUCCAAAUCGUCAGAGAAAAAGGAACGCAAUUCUAACGACUCGUUCGGUAAUAAACGUACUAACUCUUCAAGUUUCGGAGCCAUCAGUAAUAAAAGAAUAAAGAGCGAGUCGAAGGAAAAAAUGUCCCCGGAACUUUUACAGCAGCUCAUGCUGAAUAACACCCAAAGGGGCAAGUCAAAAGGCAAAUCCAAUUGGUUAUUGGAUUCGGGUCAGAAGGCCGCUUGUAUUAGUCAGCCGAGCGAUAGUGUUCUCAUGAACCUCCUGAAUGAAUCGAAUGAUACAACAGCACCGAAAAGUGUUGAGGAGAAGUUAACGGGGCAGCUCAGCAUUCCUUUUGACAGGAAUCGAACGAAACCUCCAGACACCGUUUCACCGCAUCAGUUUCUGUUGAGGAAAAACUCAUUAUCCCUUCUGGAUCCAGAGGCAACUUCCAUAGCAUCUCUUCUGGACCUCACGCGACAGGAUUACGAAGUAAACGCACCUGUUAAAAGCCUCAUAUUGCAGGGAGAAGAAUUGCUCAAAGCCUUGGAAGGUAGUCCUCACCUUGCUGGUGUCCAGUAAAGGUAAUAGGAGGUUCGAAUUCGGUGUGUAAUAUACAUAUAUACAUAUACGACAGUAAGUAAAUGGUAAGAUGUUAAAAAUAAACUGGUUAAAGUACUAGGCUACGGUUAAAUUAAUUAGGAGGUGAUGCAACUGGCAAGGGACUGUACACGUACACUGGUGUUGAUUGAACGUUUUAUGGAGUUUUGUCUUAAUGCUCUCUCUGUAUACAAAAAUGUGAACUAUCAAUGUUACAUAUUUUGCUACAGGACCAUCGUAUUACCUCCAAGACUUUUUGUACACAGAAUAAUUAUAUCAUAAUACAUAUUAUCUAGCAUUUGGUAGAAUAAGAAUAACUCAUUAUAAUAAUUUUUGGUACUCUUACUGCCAUAUGUAAUAACUAUUGUUAAUUGAAAAGUUUAUUAAUCCAUUUCUUUGUUGCUAUUCUAAACUAUUUGAUUAGUUAACGUUAAAAAAAUUACAUAUAUAUUAUUAUAUGCGGAAUUGUUUUCCGAAUUGGGUGUUAUUUAGAUCUGCAUAAGUAUGUUUGUAAAAUAAGUGCAUAUAUUAUUUACUUGUAAAAAAUUUAUCAAGAACUUUUAACCGUCAAGGACAUUUUUAACAUAUAAAAAUGUUCGUUAAUGUAAUAUGUCCCUCAACUUGGUAUAGUAGGUCGGGAUAGAAAAGAAAAUAUCGCCAUAAGAUGUUAUUUUCUUCUAAAUGUAAAUAAAGUAUGUUUUAAUUAC